GGUCGACGGGGGGAUAGCGUGGGUAGGGAGUGCUGGAGGGGGGUGGCUGGUGGUUUCGGAGUAGCGAGGGUUACCAGCCACACCGGCCACUGCGACGGCCGUGGCGGAACGAACGCGGCGCACUUUCUUCCGUUCCGUUCCAUCCGCUCCGCUGUCGUGCGCGCGCGCGCGCGCACGAUGCGAGGACGCGAGAGGAAGGCCCUGUCACUCGGCGAUCAGCAUCGCGAGAUCCGGCGCGGCUGCGAUUAAUUGUUAACGGGGGUGAGUCGAUAGCUCCCGCUUUCCACGAAAGAGGGAAAGCGGGGAAAGAAGGGGUUGGAAGGGAAAAGAGGGCGGAAGAGGAAAAGAGAGAAAGAGAGAGAGAGAGAGAGGGAGGGAGAGAGAGAGAGAGCUCACGUGACACGUGGGGGGGUGCGAACUGUCAGACAGUAGUACAUCGAGCGUCUGCUACUACUGCCGUAGUUGCUUGUUGUGACUGUGGCAGCGACGGCGGCGACGAGGACGACGGCGGUGGUGGCGGCGGCGGUUGAUGGUGGAAGUGGUUGUGGUGGUGACGACGAGGACGACGGCAGUGCUGCUGCUGCUGCUGUUUGGAGUACCGUUCCCGGCGAGAGGGAAGGAAAGUGGUCCUCGAGGUUACGAGGCCAGGGGAGAAAGUGGGUGUUGCCGGAGCGGCGGCGGCGGCGGCAGCGGCGACGGAAGUCCGGGGUGCUUCCCGUAGAAAGGAGGCAGAGGGAUAAGGGAAGGCCGAGGGCGACCGGAAGGAUGCUCGUCGAGCCCCGAGUCGGCAUCGGCCUGUCGCUGCCCACCUUCUUGGCCCGUCACUUCGCGCCUCAGAACCUCCGGCGCUGAAAUCCCUCUUCAAGAUGGCAGGAACGAGUCGGGAGGUUCGGCAAGGCCCUAAAGAUCGCGUUGAGCGAGACUGGUCUUCGUGCGAUUAGUGAUUGUGCCAGGGGUAGCGCGGGACGGGGGUGGCUCCUUCCAUUCGCGAGGAUCGAGAUGAGCGAUCUACAGGCCACCCUCGAGUUCUCUCUCGAGCUCUGCAAGUUCUACAAUGUUGACCUCUUCCAGCGCGGGUACUAUCAGAUCAGAACUGCUCUCAGAGUAUCGCCGAAAUUGCCGGUUAAGGUGGAGGUCAAUCAACCGCGAAAUCAUUCCCUGGAGGCGCCGGGCACGAGUAAGCGCUUUCAGAUCCUGUACAGGAACGAGGAGGUGACACUCGGCACUUCCGUGCUGUUCCGGGCGCAUGUACUCGUGCACAGUCACAAGAUCGAGGAGGCUCUGUCGCGCACCCACUUCAAUCUUGGUGUCGAGCUAUGGUUCAGCGAGCCGACGCAGCCGGGCAACAUGGCUUGCGUGUCCUCGAGGGCGCUGCAGCUGAACUUUACACCCACGAAGGGCCUUCACUAUCAUCUGCCGGUGCUCUUCGAUUACUUUCACCUAGCCGCCGUGUCUAUCACGAUCCACGCCUGUCUCGUGGCACUCCAUCAGCCCUACAUCAAGAAGAGCAUACUGCACGUAGUGCAGAGCUGCGCACCACGAGGCGGAAAGCCUUGGCUACAGUUUAAGCAGCCCGCGGCGAAUGGCGACAACAACACGACGACCUUCGGAAACAUUGAGACUACUACCAGAUGUGUCGGAUCGGGAACGAGGCUGCAGCACGCGAGACUGGUUCAGCAAGAGGUCACGAGGCUGCUUCUGGCCUCGAGGGAGUCUUUGCUCAACGACUUGUCCGACUUGGCGCGGCUGCUUCCCUCCUGGCAACAAAGGGCGCUCGAACUCGCGCAGAACACGCACAAGGAGAUCACAAAGGUACGUCCUCCUCGCGCUUUUAAUUUCUUCGCGACACACUCUUCAAAUAUUGGUCCUCGGCAGUUGAUGGACACCGAGGAGGCCGAUAUAGCCCAGCUCUGCGCGCAAAACAUCGUCCUUUGGCAGCAUUUUCUCGAAGCGUUCUCCGGCCGAGAAGCGGUCCAUCAGCAUCUAGCACGGGUUCAUCAUCAGUUGAGAGUAAAGCGAUUCGCGGAGGGUUUCUUCGUGUUAGAGAAUCCGAGAACAUCGGCGGCGGGCUGUUACGACGCGAAUUAUCAGUCUUAUCAAGCGGUGAGCGAGGCUGCACGGAGAUCGCGCUAUCUCGCAUCCUUGCCACCGUUACCUGUCCAUUGUCCGGAGCUGGACGGCGAUCUUCACUCGUUGCCUUUGAUCUUUGAGGAUCAGUACGCUGACAUGCAGCAAAGGCACAGAAACAGCGUUCCCAGCAUGGACGACUGCAGUUGCGGAAUAGCGGCGAUCCUGGAGUCACGCUCCUUGGGCAUCUGGUCACCUAGAAGCGAAGGUGCGGCGCAGGACAUCGGAUCGAUCCAGGCCCGUCUGAUGCUGACGCCUUCCACGCUUCCGGCGAGGCAUAGCAAGUCUCUCGAUCAGCUGGGUCCCGAACUGGCGGCACCUUUGCAGCCCAGAACGUCGCCAAAGACUCUGCCCAGGUCCGUGUCGACCCAGCUGUUCCCCCGGGGGCAACGCGGCGGCGGUCGCAACGUCACGCCGCCCGCGACGGUGCCCUCGAGAGGCAGGCCCAGAUCGACAGUGCCGUCCAGUAGUACCCUCUUCCCACCCUCGGGUCAACAGGCCUGUUCCGCGCCGAAUCCAUCCCUCGGAUCCACGCCGGUGAUUCCCCUGCCUCGCGCCAAAUCCACGCAGAUGUUGGUGCCGAAUCGGCAGCAGCAACAGCAGUCUGACCAUCAUUCCACUUCCAUUACCUCGCUGCUGGCGGCGAUGUUCCCCGAGUUGCCGCCUGGCGGACAUCUGCCCGGUUAUCGACCAUCGUCCAAGUCUUGCGAUCAGAAUCUGACAGUGCCGACCUGCAUAGGCGCCCUGGACCUCAGUCAGUUGCCCGAUUGCUUGGAGAGCAAGUCGACGAAUAUGGUGGAAGAUUAUCAUUCCCUCGAUACUAGAAGAAUACGACUGGAGCCGCGAAGUCAUCGCCUGGGAACACGCCAACCGUUGCCAACGACCACAAACGACCAAAGUAGUAGCUUUCUAUCAGCCAAGGCGAACAUAAACGGCGACAGCUUCUUACAGGAGCCUCAACCACUGCAUACGGCGACGUUGGACAGAGUCACCUACCGAGGAAAUUCCAGAAAGUUUGGACACCAGACGGGCGGCAAGUACAGUCAAGCGAACGGUAUCGAGACACGUAGGUAUCACACCCUCGGCAAGACAUCGAUGACGCAUAGAAGUCGCCCGGAAAUACCAGAGUCCAUGAAUGGCAGCGCGCUGACCGGUAGCCAUUCGCAUCUGGCGGAUCCCCUGAACAAACGAUCGAAUAUUUACGCAAAGACCACGGACUCGUUCUUCUAUCGCACGAACGGCAGCACCAGUGGAAGAGCACGCGAAGAGACGGGCAAGCCAAAGAGGCCAAAGAGUACGGACCGGCUGCUCGACGAUGUAGAACGCAACGAAUGCUGCGACUUUCGACGGGAUCGACCGGCUCGUAGAAGAGCCGAGCGACCGGUCAAGUCGUCCCGCAACGGUAUAAACCAGAAUUACAGCGAGGAGAAGCAACGACGUGAGAAGAAGAGCGCGGAGACAUCUCAGGAGCCAAUCUACGAGGUGAUAGCCACGAAGCCGGAGCCGAAGAGAGAGUCUCGCGUCGAGAGAAGGAGAGAGAAGCACGGCAGGCGACCGCAUUCCGCACCCGUUCUCGACACAGACCACCCAGUGGAGGAGAGCGGUCGCAAAAGUGAUAGAAAAUGCAGUCACAGGAACAGGAAGCCAGCACCGCCACCACCGGCGUAUCAGGAUCCCGCUGUCGCCCCGUUGCCCAAGUACCGUCAUCCCCCUUCGGCGCCUGCCACAAAUGUCCUCGAAGUAGAGAACAACAAUAAGAUUAUCCUAAAGAUGGAACCCAUAAAGUCACCCAUGGAGGCGCCGACGACGAAUGGCACGACACCAUCGGACACGUCGACGAGCGUCGGAGUGCCACCGCCAAAUGCGAAGAGGCUGCGAUGCGCCAGCGUGCCAGUGGCCCAAAACAAGGUGGUGGUACCACGUAGCGCCGUCUCUCUGCCUUGCAUGCCGAUACGCGAUAGCAAGGACAGUCUGAGCAACAAUCUACCGGUCAUCCCCAACCUGCUGAGCCCGCCGUCCACCAGGCCCAGCAGCCCCACGCCGAGCUCGAGCUCGAGCAAUCUCACGUCCGAAUGCUCGGGUUGGGUCAGUAGCGGUGAUACCUCCAGCUCGGAACAGCGUCGCAAUCAGGCCAAGCUCACGAGCGAGCAGCUGCGGCAGAAGCUAUCGAAGAUUGUGCCGCGCAAGGAUCGUCCCAACGUCACCACAAAGGACAACGUGGAAGAGCAUUCAUACGAGGAGGUGCGGCUACCGCCGCCAAAGAUGUUCCAGGACGAGCCGCCGCCGCCCGAGGAGUUUCGCGAUCCCCCGGCGCCAAUCGACAACCCACUUUAUCACGUGUACGAGACGGUGAAGCAGACUAGGAGCCCGAAGCAGAACAAGACGGCGCCCUGCAGCCCGCAACGGAACCGGGACCGGGAGAACGUCUACGGCGCCAGGGAUAUCUGCUUGGACUGUUAUCAGGAGGGUAAGGAGUUACUGCAGUCCACGCAAGACGACUUUAUCAACUUCAAAAAGUGCAAGGAGGAGUUCAAGCGACAGAUGAGCUUCUCGGGCAAAAUCUACAGAGAGCGCGAGGAAGCACAGUUGCGUUUGCAUAAACGUGCCCAUUCCCUCGGAUACGGUGAUCUCCUGAACUCCUCGCCAUCGGUUCAAUCAUUAAGAUCGAAUGUGCCUCUUAGUGAUUAUCCAACCCUGGCCUCGACUCUGCCGUACUUCCACAUCAGCGACGAGUAUCGGCUCUUCUCGCCGGAGGGUGCGCAUCUCAUCAUAUGCGUCCACGGCCUCGAUGGCAACGCCGCCGACCUCCGUCUCGUCAAGACGUACUUGGAAUUGGGUCUGCCCGGGUCCCACCUGGAUUUUCUCAUGUCCGAAAGAAAUCAGGGCGACACCUUCUCCGACUUUGAGACGAUGACCGACCGUUUGGUGGCUGAAAUCCUCUAUCACAUUGAAUCGUCGGGCCUGAAUCCGACGAAGGUGAGCUUCAUCGGGCAUUCCCUUGGGACCAUAAUCAUCCGUAGCGCCCUGACACGACCGCAGCUGCGCCCGCUUCUGCCUCGUCUGCACACCUUCCUCAGUUUGAGCGGACCCCAUUUAGGCACUCUCUACAACACAAGUGGUUUGGUGAACGCGGGCAUGUGGUUCAUGCAGAAAUGGAAGAAGUCCGGAUCGCUGCUGCAACUAGCCAUGAAGGACUCGCCGGACGUGAGGCGCUCCUUCAUGUUCCGCUUGAGCCAGAAGAGCAAUCUGCAGAAGUUCAAGCACGUUUUGCUUUGCGGCAGCGCCCAGGAUCGAUACGUGCCCCUGCAUUCCGCUCGAAUCGAGCUCUGCAAGGCUGCCGUUCGCGAUCCGACUGAUCAAGGUGCCGCGUACCGCGAGAUGGUGCACAACAUCCUCUACCCCGUGAUGUCGGCGCCCGGGGUCAGUCUCGUCAGAUACGACGUGCAUCACGCUCUACCGCCAACGGCGAACGCCCUGAUUGGUCGCGCCGCGCACAUCGCCGUCCUCGAUUCCGAGCUUUUCAUCGAGAAGUUCAUGCUGGUGGCGGGGCUGAAGUACUUCAGAUAAGGAAAGGACUGUCUAGCGCACCAAGGAAAAAACUAAUUAAACUGUAGCACGCUCGGACACUCGGUACUCGCCCGUUCUUCGACGAUCGUAAUUAGCGUAACUUGUAGACAACCGGGCAUUGCCUCGCUUCCUCCCUCUUCGUUCGAGCUGCUCUCUCCCCUCGGGUCACGAAGCGAGGCAAUCGGAUCUUUUUUACACGAAUCGCGACGCACGUCGUCGUCAAUUUUAGUAUCAAUCGCGUUAGAUUCUCGCGUAUCAUCUUGAUAUCAUCUGGAAUAAGCGGUCGAAUUCAGAUUCCUUCGCGUUGCCAAGAGUUCAAUCGAGAGUUCGAGCACUCAGAAGGGAAUGUAGUCAAUGUCAAUGCCGUGAAACGGACCUAUUCUCCAGUGUGGUAGCGAUGAUGGCGAUAGUAAUAGUAGUAGCGACACUCUUCGACCAAGAGGAGAUCGAGAAAUACGUAGGGGAGACGCGGAAAUUAAGUAUAUGGGACAACUCUAAUGUGCGUCACUAUCGGAUGCACCCCAGUCUCAAGGAUCGGAACGAGAAUUGAGAUUGGCGGCCUAGUCAAAUGGAGCAGUCGAGAAGGAAACGCGGUAGGAUCGUCGAGCGCAUCAGCUUCAUCGGCGUCGUCGCCAAAGAAAUGGAUCGCGGAAGGAGGAUGGGAAUUAUUCGCACAAUCCGCGGCGGUCGAAUUCGAAGAAUCGUACUUUGAAAUAAAAGAAGAGGACUCUGAGAGGCCCUCUUCUCAAGCAGCGUAAGCUCUACGAUGCCCGUAGAACUCUACGCGUUAACGGGAAAAUAAUUAUUAUAAUAUAAUAAUAAAAAUAAGACAAUGCAACGACACAUUGUCUAGUCGCAUAGGAAAGUUACGAAACGUAUGUCAAUUGUUAUCCUCAGAUAAGUGUGAGUGCUGAAUGCGAUGAGUGCGGAGAACGGAUGGAUGAGAGCCGAGUACGAUGUUGAAAGAGAAAAUGAUUAGGCGACAAGAUAACAAAGCGAAAUAGCUGAGGAAAACGUCGAGGGGAGGACACUUGUCGGCGUUAUCGAGGAUUCUGGUGACUCCUCUCAUCAACGACGAGUGUCUCGAGUGCAGUGAAACGAGAAGAUGCGCCCUGAAAAGAGGAAUGUCCAGGGUGCGGACGAUAAUGCGACGGGAGUGACUAACGUUUCAGGUAUAUUAAAUCCCUCCAAUACUAGAUCUCAAUUGCUCAGAACAAUCUAUCGAUGAAAAACGCGAGAGAGAAGAAAAAAGUGAGAAGAAAAAUAUAUUAAUCGCGUAAAAAUAUAUUAAUCGAGCGGCGAGAAACGCGAAGCGUCGAGGUCGUCGUUCGAGUAACACGAGCGAAUUCGGCUUUUGUCGAUCACCUUCAAGUCUACAGGGCAUUUCAGGAUCGCUCAUCUUUUAACGAUAAGUUCUUCGAUCAAUAUUAAAUAUUUCAGUCAGAAAAGAAUGU